UUCUAGGUUACAGUCUGAUUGCUGAUUUACUUCAAAUAAAGAUGAUCCUGCUUCUCGAUUCCUGCGCGCUAGAGAUCUUGUGGUAGAUGGCUCUUCACCCUCCAGUUACCAGUUAGCCACGGCUUGCGUUGAAGAAUGUAUUCAAAACCACAGCGGCUGCUCUCCAUCCCGACCAGCUCAACUUCCGACUCGGAUCAUUGACUGCUUACACCCACAAAAUCCGAGACUCUUGCUUAGUAGAAAUAUGAGAGGUUCUUAUGCGGCUUUGAGUUACGUAUGGGGAGAGAAGCAACCUUACAUGUAACGAUAAUAGCAGCCCUCGCCAAGAGGGUUAGAGAAGGAGUUCUCCAUGAUCGACUACGUCUUCCUCCUUACAGCCGCCUACCGUCCAUCUGCCCAGAAAACGGACAAGUUGGCAGCACGUCACUUUCUCCGGUGUGGAAGCCAUACGAUGACAAACAAGAACCUGUGAACGGGCGGGCGUGGUGCCUCGAGGAACGCUUACUGUCGCCUCGCGCACUCGUAUACGCUUCUCAUACUCUACAGUACCACUGUCAGACUCAUACUAUCAACAUCGGCGACAGUAUUAACACGCCCCAGAACGGAGGGCGAUUGCUACAGGUCGUUUUCUCUUCCACCACUCCGCUUCCCCUAUCGAAGGCCGCGUAGUCUACGGUGAUUUCGACAGUCGUUUGGAUCCCCAGCGAUAUAACGUGACGGAAUGCCAUGUACUCCAAUGCGAAGUUUCUUUAAUAAACACAAACUUGCCGUUCGGCCGGUUCGAUGGCGGGACUAUAAAAGUCCGUAGUCCUCUAAGACGCGUAAUAUGGAUUAUGGAAUCCUAGUGCGUCUUCACCAAUGUUAUACCAACGUGCAACUCCGAGUGAGCGAGAUCCACUGCAUCUCCAAAGCGAUUGACCCCCAGGUAGAAGGUCUUCGGCCCCUUUUUAACGCAUAUCCAGACUCUUUGGUUGAAACGUCAUCGCCACCAGGUGAGGUAUGGGCUUGAUCAUUGUAGCCAAUUCUGACGGCUGUUUUCGUCGGCUAGGAUAUUUUGGGUCCCUAAACAGUCUGAGGGAUAUAUCCUGGCUCAAGCAAAAUCCAGGCUGGUGCGUAAUCAUUAUCUAAUAUACCUUACGAAAGCAUACUUUUCCCGAAGAAAAAAGACGAAAGACCUUUUUAACUCAACAUACCUAGGUUAGCAAUUACUAUCACCUUUCUCCUUUGUUACAUGCUUCAUAUAGCCUGCGGCUUUCUGCUUUUCGAAAUCCACGGCCAACAUGUCGAAUCCAUUCUAAUUAUUUAUUUCUUCUUGUUUCGAUUCACUUGCAAAAGGAAAGUGACAAGUAGACCUUUACUUAUGCAUGGGUGCCGGCAUUCGAUCG